GAAUAAAAAGUGGUAAGAUUAAUAAUUGAAGACAUAUAAUUAAAUCUCUAGAGCACUUAGAUGUAUAAAAGAAGCAGUUGUUCUUAAUGGAGUUCGUAGAUGGAAAACCAAGCACCCCUAUGGAGGCUGUAGCAAAGCAUUGGGAUUUCUUCUGAACUGAUGUACCUGGUGUCAGGUGUAAGGAGGGGAUCACAAUGAAUGAUAACAAGAAACCAUGUUAACCCUGUGAAGUACAAAUGCAGGUUUAAUUCUGUUCCUAGAUCAUCCAUUCCUGCAACUUUCCUUGGCUGAGCGUUAAAUAAAAUAAACAUUCACCAUGCCCACAACUGAAGCGCCUGUUCCUGGACAAAAAGCUGCUGCAACGAAAACGAGCCGUGCCUUGUGGGCAGGCGAGGACCGCUCAGAGAUGCACAAGCUGAGGGGUACCUCAAGGAUGCUUGACCACAUCAGGCCUGUUUCUUCUUCCCUGGAGCAUAGUUUUGUCCCAGAAGAGGUUUUCCGAAGCCUGACCUGUGCCAGCAGUUCUCUUUACAGCCCGAAGUACUUCCGGUCCCCACAAACCACCAAACCCCCAAUGGGCUUCAGGGGCUGCCUGCAAACACCAGAUCAGCUUUGGCAUUAUCCUAAUCGUCGGAGCAAGUUCAGGCACCUGACAGAUCACCCUGUCAGUUUGACAGGUGCUGGAAGGGAUGUCUCUUACCUGUGUGACACUGUGACUGGCCAACAAGCUAAGGGAGCAAUGCCUGUCAGAAGGUCUUUUUCUGAGGGUCAUCAGGACCAGAGAGGGAGCCGUGGUACAGUCCCACCCACUCCUCGAGGAACCCUAACAGAUAGUCUGAUUCCUGAGGAAUUUCACAUUGUGAGGAACAGAGGAGUUUUGCCCUUGAAGUACUUCGAUGAUAAAUAUGCAACGCUGCUUGAAGACCGUGAAAAGAAACUACGUCUGUUCCCAUCCCUGAGACCUCCUGGGAGGUUAGAGGUUAUCCAGCUGAUGCAUCUGAUGGACAGCAUGUUGGAAAAAGCUGGAGUAGACAAGCUAAUCAGAGUAACAGGACCUUCACAGCUGCACAAUAUGCUGGAGCUGCUGAAGGCAGAGCAGAACAUCUACAACAUCGUUUUCCAUGAGCUGAUUCGGCAGGUCAGCGUGGACUGCGUGGAGAGAGGACAGCUGCUUUCAAAGCUCAGGCAGAGGUACGUGUGUCUCCUGGAGCGGAUCCCUGAACAGAUGAAGACCCUCUACAAAAAAAUGAUGUCGCAGCGGUUGGUCAACAGGCAUAUUACAGAAGAACUACUCUGUUUUAAAGAAUCGGUUGGACAGCUAUCUAGUGAGCUGUACAAGGUACGAGAACAUGACCGCAAAGUGACCGAAGAAGCAGAAAAAGCUCAAGAGGAGCUACAUGCAGCCAUGCAGGAGGCUAAGACAAAUGUAAAGCUUUUGAAAGAAUAUCAGGAGUUAGAUACAUUACAGAGAAGACAACUGCAAGAGCAGGCUCUGUUGCUAGCUCAAGAGAGAGACAUCUGGAUCGCAGCCGUGUAUGACCUGGCUCAGAAGAUAAUAGACAGAAACCAGCUCACAUUGUUUCGCCAGCUCCAUGUUGGUGGAAAAACAUUGACCAACGUUCUCAAGCAUUUCAUAAACCUCUUGGCCUCAAAGGACACAGAAGACCUGGCCGAUUUGCAGGAAAAGACUGAGCAGUUCAGGGAGAGAUUGGGUCAUGUUGGAGCAGAAAUAGAGCAUCCUGAGAAGGCCACCCAGAGAAAACUGCAAACUGUCUGCAGCAGCCUCAACAAGCACCUUCAAUACUUCCAUAGCAGUGACUCCUCCUCUCAGAUGGACGAAAAGCUACUGGAUGAAAUCCUACCAGAAAUCAAGAACUUGAUAAAUAUGCUAAAAGAAGACCUAGAGCAGUACACAGAGGAGGUGCGCCUAAGAAAGACUGAAAGUCUGAAGAGCACUGCCAGCUUGCUGGAGUACUGGACACAGCUGGGACAAAUGGUGAUAAAUCGACACCGUGACUUAACUGGAGCAUUGCCUCCACAGCACGCUGCCCUGGAAGAAAUAAAACAAAGGGCAUGUGAACUCUACAGGCAAUACAAUAUAAGGAUAAGUGGGAAUAAUGGCACCACUAAGUUUUUGACAGCCUUGGUGAAAAGUAUGGAAGAUUGGUUAUUCAAGGUGCAAAAGCUGAAGCGAGGUUCUGGCAUGCACGAAGCUGAGCUGUGCGCAUUUUAUCAAAAGAUUCCUGCGUGGCUGGCCCAGGUGGAUGCAGUGAUGAGCUGUAUAGGCUCCGGCCAGUUGCAUGAAGCUGAGAGCAAUAAGAAAUCACAUUUCCCGGUGGUACCCAGAGAGCUUUUUCAGAUGAUUCAGCAAUGGGUUCUGUCCAUGAAUAAUGAUACUGUGAAGAACGUCACACAUGUUAAUGAAAAAGUGACUGAACUGGACAGAAAUCUGAUCCUGUGGCUGGUGGAUUUGCUGAGACACACGACAACAGAACGCUUGUCCCGUGAGUGUCCCCAGCGGCAAGAGUUAGACACCGAGAUGGAUAAGGAGCCCAGGCUUCUGAGGGCUAGUAAGCUGCAGCAUGGAGCUGAAGAGCUGGUUGCAGAAAUGUGCAGACUCACUGAUUCUAUAGACAGCUGCUGCCGCGAGACCGUCAAUGAAAUCGUUCAAAAGAAACAGUCAGAGAAAGAUUUAGAAGCUGAUUUUGAGCUGGAGGAGCUGAAUAAGAUCAAGACUGAGUGCCGUAAUUGGAUUCAAGCAUGUAGUCAUCUUCUUUCGGAGAUCAAAGGCACUCCAGUCUCCUUUCUGGAUUUAGAAGAACUGAGAAACCUCUUUGGAUCAGAGGAAUUGCAGUUGAAACUUAAGCUUAAGGACACCAUCAUUUCUUCAACUCAGGAAGAGCUUGAAGCUGAAAAUCCCACCAGCAAAAAGAAACCCAUAACAGAGGAAGAACCAUUAAAAGUAAAGGAGGAAAUAGCCAUCAUGCAGCAGCAUCCAGGUGCUGGUAUGGAUUAUCUGAUUGAGGACAGCGAAGCUACUGCAGACAUGAUCAGAUAUGUAGGGCAUGACUCCAACGUCCACCUGAAGUCUCUGAAAUCAGACAGCGUUACAGUUACAGGGAGAGAGAUGACUGCCUCCACGCCAUCAACACCCUUUUCUCAGAAAGAGUUUGAAGCCCUGGCAAUGCUGGAACAUCUGCAAGCGCAACUCCUAGAAAGAGAGAUCCGUGCUCAAAAUGCAGAGAAGAGAUCUGAAGGUCUUGAAGAGGAGCUGGAAGAAGCUCUGCAGAGAAUCCAAGACCUAGAAAGUGAACUGGAGAAAGAAGGGAAAGUCAUCGCAGAAGCAACACACAAAGAACGGCAAGAAGAAUGUCUCAAAGAAAGCAUCUCAGAAGUUGAGGCCUGCUCAAGUCCCAAAGCUUCUACCUCUGGCCAGUUCAAGGGAUCCAGAAAAGGGCAACAUUAAAGAACAGCAAUGCCCCAGUA